AUGAAGUUCUCUAUCACCGGUCUUCUCGUGUCAGCUUUGGCCGUCGGCCUCGCUCAGGCGGCCUGCCAAACCCGGGAGACAGGUUGCUCUCCCGAGUCCGUUUGCCAGGGCAUUAUCAGUGGUGGCCAAGGCUGUGGCUCGACCGAGACCGCCUCCGGAUGCACUCUGAGCGGCGCCACCGUGACAGUGGGCUUACCUCGCAUGAAUGUUCCUUGGCUCGUUACGCAUUUUCUAACACUUCCCUCUUACUAG